AUGUCUACACAAAGUAAAACUCGGAAACGUAAAUGGGAUCUUGAUGACCAAGGAAAAGAAGCACCGCCCGUUUCCACGACCUCAAAGUCGGCCAAAGUUGAUCCUAGUAGUGACGCAUCUGAAUCUAGUGCGCCUUCACCUACUCCUUCAAGCUCUGAUUCAAUAGAUCCCAAUAUAGCUGCAGCUGUCGCAGCGGCAAAAAUCAAUGCUAUGCUUGCGGCUAAAGGUAUUCAGGUUCCGGCAAAGCCACUAAUAGUCACACCUAAAUUAGAUAUUUCUGAAAACGGCAGUUCGGAGGAUUCUAAAGCGUCUAAGAUGGCGAUAAAAGAUUCUGAUUUGGAAUUUACUCAUGAUAUUACAAUCAAUGAUUGUAAAAAUAGAUAUUUGUUGACUAAGGGUGCAACACAACAGCAGAUCCAAAAAGAAACUGGUGCAGAUGUGACGACACGAGGGAAAUACUACCCAGAUAAGGCUCUCGCUACCGAAAAGGAUCCCCCUCUUUAUUUGCAUGUGACAGCAUCAACUAAGGAGGCUCUAAAUGCUGCUAUCAAUAAAAUUACUGAGCUUAUGGAACAGACUUUUACUCCGGCACCGUCGACACCAACGCCUCGUCCACCAGGACAACAUUUGGGGCGGCAAUUUGUUCAAGAUAAAGUAUUUGUGGGAAUUGAACCUGAUCGCACAUUUAACGCACGAGCUAAAAUUGUUGGCCCACAGGGUGCUUAUGUGAAACAUAUUCAACAAGAGACAGGUGCGAAGGUUCAGCUUAAAGGUCGAGGAUCAGGCUAUGUUGAACCUACUUCGGGUACCGAGGCCUUUGAACCACUUCAUAUUCACAUCACUUGUUGGAGUCAAGAAGGAUUGGAUAGGGCAAAAAAAUUAUGUGAAGAUCUCAUUAACACGGUAAAAAUAGAAUGGGAUAAGCACAAAGCGCAACAAGCGGCAUAUCCUUCGUAUGGCAGGUCACCAUAUCCACGUCCACCUAUUUAUGGACAACCGACGUUACCUCCCUCUGGGACUUAUCCUCCCCCCCCUGCAAACCCUCCAUUGCCUAGUGGUCCUCCGCCACCGCUUGGAAAUCCACCGCCUCCACCACCACUUCCCACAACAAGUUCGUCACCCACUAGUACCUCUAGCACUUCUAGUCAAUAUGCAAACGCUUACAAUGCCACAACUACUAGUAAUGCCUAUACAGGUGGUAGCCAGAAUGCUGCGACAACUUGGAGUAAUCCUUAUAACCCUUAUAACCAAUCUCGAUAUUACCAAUAUUCACAAUAUCCUUAUUAUCAACAAACUGCUGCGCAAGCAGUUGACGCUAGUUAUUAUUACGGAUAUGCUGGGUAUCAAACCACAGCUAACUAUCAAACCGCAGGGUAUCAAGCACCAGCUACACAAGCUCCACCACCUUCAUCAGCGCCAUCAACAACUCCCAGCACUACGACCUCACCUCCAACAUCGCCAUAUGAAGAUAAAAAACAAGGGAGCUCUUAUCAUGCAGUUCCACCUCCGGAUUCUUAUGAAAGCGAG